CAUUCCUCGUCUAGUAACGCACCAUCAUACUGCCUAAAAAAUGAUGUAAGAAAGUUGUUGGACUUUUCUCUCUACUCGAUCGUUAAUGGCAGGUGGUGGAACCCAGAGAAAGAAGAAGAAACUCACUGAACGAUCCAACUCAGUUCCUCACUCGUCCAUGCCUUCUCCCUCUCCUUCUUCUCCUUAUCGAUGGCUAACUCGAGUUAUCCCAAUUGCGCUUCUUCUCUUUGUCCUUGUUCUUUUUGGCAUUUCGUCGAACGCCUGGGUUGCACUCCCUCACAUUUCCCAGAAAUUUCAAUCUAAUCAGAUUUUUUCCAUUGAUGUUGUUAAUGAUUUUCCCCAUGAUCCCAAAGCUUUUACCCAGGGGCUUCUAUAUUGGAAAAAUGACACUCUUUAUGAAUCAAUUGGUCUUUAUGGCCAGUCUGCCGUGAGGAGAGUUGCUCUACAAACAGGAAAGGUUGAGGCUGAGUAUAAGAUGGAUUAUUCUUCUUUUGGGGAAGGAUUAACUCUCUUUGGUGAAAGGUUGUAUCAACUUACGUGGUUGCAGAAAAUUGGUUACAUCUAUGACAGACAAAAUUUUAACAGACUAGCAUCAUUUACGCAUCAAAUGAAUGAUGGUUGGGGACUUGCUACUGAUGGUAAAAUCUUGUUUGGAAGUGAUGGCUCUUCAACAUUAUAUCAAUAUGAUCCCCAAACUAUGAAAGAAAUUCAAAGGCAAACCAUUAGAUAUCAAGGUCUUGAAGUACACAACCUGAAUGAAUUAGAGUUUGUGAAUGGUGAAGUGUGGGCAAAUGUUUGGAUGACUGAUUGCAUUGCUAAAAUAUCACCUGGAGAUGGCAUUGUGGUUGGGUGGAUUCUUCUUCCCAAUUUGAGGGAAGGAUUGAUAGCUUCUGGUGAAAAGAGUAUUGACGUUUUGAAUGGCAUAGCUUGGGACAGCAGUAAACAGCGCAUCUUUGUGACUGGUAAACUUUGGCCGAAGCUGUAUGAGAUCAAGUUGCAACCAGUGAAGGAAAGUGUAGAUAUUAAGCAGCUAUGUAUCCGAGAGCAAUUUCAUUUCUAGAGCAGCAGGCCAUGCCAACAAAGAUACUAAAUUAGUUAUUUUUUUGUUCUUGAUACAAAUGGAGCUGGGUUUGUAUAUACAGUCCCCGUCGGAUCUGGUUGAUAGUUCCUACUGGUCAGCUAAGUUGGAAUGUUAAGCAAAGCUCUGGUAGUAAGCGUUUGCAGGGUGCCAAUGAAUUUGACACCUGCGAGCUCUCUCCUCCAUCUUAAUACUUGUAACUCUAUUUAUUUUGCUAUACAUAGAAUACAAAUCAUUAGAAAAGCUUUGGGGACUUCUGGUAAAAGCUUGUAAUUAUCAUGAUGUCCAACUCUUUUUUAUUUGAACAAAGAUAGGUUACUCCUUCCGGUUUCGAGUCGGAUUUGGUUACUUUUCCAUUUAUUCCUUUAUACUUUGUAUAUUUUGGAAUAUUGUUUUAGGCUUUUGGUUUCGAAUUCUGAUCCGUCUUUGGGUUGAUCAAAAUUUGCCUGGUCAAUUUUGAAAUUUA